UAUCCUCACGAAUCACUUUACAAGAUCUCCCUCCUUUACCGCCUUCGAAAUUUGUAUAAUUAACAUUGUCUAGCACCAGUUCCUUGAAAGUUGUAUAAGGAAGCGUGAUAGGCUUUUCCGGCAUAGUCAGAGUUCUUAAUAAGUUGUAUGCUUCUUUUCCGAUGAAUGUGAGGAAAUGUGCCACAAUAUUAACAUCCUCAUCAUCUUCCUUGGUCAUAGCCCAGAUUUCGCACCUUUCAAAAUAAUCCUCAAAAGCUUCAGAAAUUGAAUGAAUAUCUAACUUUUCCAUUGCAGGCUCCAUAGCGACGCCAGUAUAAUGUCAGAAGUAUUUGAAUUGUAGUAUGAACUAGGAAUCCCAGAAUUAACGCAAUUGAAUUAAGAAGUAAGACACAAGCACAAACGAAUGUAUUGUAUUUGGAAUUUGAAAUCGAGCAUUCAACAAGUACAAAAGAAUCAUUAGUUAAUUCAAACACCACAUAAACCGAAUGAGUGUACGGGCUGUUCGGUUAAUGAAAGACUUUUGGAAUAUUUCACUCUUAAAUCGCAGAUCCUAAUUAGCUGUCCGAAUUCCACGUUGUUCAGCUGCCAGCUUAUUUACGGAUUAAACGUGCCGAAAUACACGUACCCGGAUUUUUCGGUAUUAAGAGAGAGGAACCAUGCAUCACACCAGUCUUGGAGUCAAUCAAGGUCUUUUUGUUUUAUACUGCUGACAUCGUACAAUGGGGAAGCGGUACAUUAUUCUCAAAUUAUAAUGAUGAUUUAAAUAAAAUAAAUAAACAUGUAACAUUAAAAAUUGAUGUAUCACAUACAAAUCAUAGUCAUAUAAUUGGUCGUUAUGGUUGGAAUAUUAAAACAAUCAUGAUGAUUACUCAAUGUCGUAUACAUUUUCCAGAUUCAAAUCGUAAUAGUUCAAUAAUUAAAAGUAAUCAAGUUUCAAUAUCUGGUCAGUUGGAGAAUGUAGAGAAAGCUAGAAGAAUAAUUCGAGACAUCCUUCCAAUUACAUUUACAUUUGAAAUACCUUAUUUAAACAAUGAAAAUUUACGUAUAAAUCAGAAUUCACCGGUUAUUCAACAAAUCCAAAAUGUUUAUGAUGUUGAAAUUAUAUUUCGUAAUCAUUAUACAUUAACACCUUAUAGUAAAACAACUGUCAGUGUUAAAGGAUUAACAAUCAAUGCAAAAAAGACUAAAAGUGUUGUACAUAUGUUAAUUAAGAAAUACUUUACUCAGAAUAUGGAUUCUAUACCAGUAAACAUGUAUAUGAGCAUGGAUACAAAAUAUUCUUCAAUGUUAAAUAGUCAAAGUUCAUCAGAAAAUUUAAUCAAAUUAAUUUAUGAAACAACUGGUGCAAAUAUUAAUUUUAUCUCUUCUACUACAUCAGUGAAAAAUUCUUAUUUAUCACCAUCAUCAUCAUCAGUAUCACAAACAAUUUUAUUACAUAAUCAAUUCAAUUCUAUUGAUUAUUUUUCUAAUUUUUCAAAUAUAAAUCAACAUUUAACAUUGAAUAAAUUAAAUUUAAACAAUCAUUUAUUCAAUCAAUAUAUCAAUAGGAAAUUAAAUCAUAUUCAUAUAUAUGGUAAUGUAGAUAAUGUAUUUUUAGCUAGACAAUUGAUAACAAAUUUAUUACCUGUUGUAUUAAUAUUCGAUGUGGAUAUAUUACAAGGUGAAUGGCUUGAAAAUUUCAAUCUUACUAAUUUAUGCAAAUAUUAUGAAGUGAAUUUAACUAUUCGAAAUAAACCAAAAGAUUUAGUCAAGUCUGUUGUAAUCAAGACGAGAGAGAAAAACAUUCGUUCACUUUAUAUAAUGUGGGAAUUGAUACAAGAGUUGCUUUCACAAUUUACAAAAAACACCAUCUGUAAAAUCAAUAAUUCUAGUUGCUUAAACUCAUCAAUUCACAAUAUUCAAAUGCAAAGGUUAUGGCCGGACGAUCUUAGACUAAAUGAGGAAUCUACAAAGAUUCUAUCUUCUACAAAUAAAGGAAAAUUACAUGGUGACAAAGAAGACAAUAAACUAGAUAGAGAAGAGAUAGUAUUAAAAUACAAAACAUCAUUUUCAACAAGUACAUCAUCAAGCCCACCGCAAUCGUUUUCAUUAUUUCAUCAUGAUCCAUCAGUUAAAGUGAAUCUAUUAAAUAGAGAUAAUCAUUUACAUUUGAUGGGUUACGAAUCAAAUACAGAAUUUUUACCAUCGUUUGAGCACAAUGGUGUAUGGAAUAAAUAUGGAAAUUUUGAAGAAAAUAUUGAUUUUUAUGCACAUAAAAAAUUCAUUGAAGAAAAUAAUGGAAACUCUUAAAAAAAAACCAAAUCUAGCUGUUUACCAUUGAUGUUUAUAUUGUUCUGAUGUAGAUGACAAAGCGACAUAAAUUUA